AUGAGAUACAUACUCUUAAAUUCUGAAUUAUUUGCCUAUGUUUCUGCUACUAUUAUUGUUACUACUACUACUACUACUACUACUACUACUACUACUACUACUACUACUACUACUACUACUACUACUACUACUACUACUACUACUACUACUACUACUACUACUACUACUACUACUACUACUACUACUACUACUACUACUACUACUACUACUACUACUACUACUACUACUACUACUACUACUACUACUACUACUACUACUACUACUACUACUACUACUACUACUACUACUACUACUACUACUACUACUACUACUACUACUACUACUACUACUACUACUACUACUACUACUACUACUACUACUACUACUACUACUACUACUACUACUACUACUACUACUACUACUACUACUACUACUACUACUACUACUACUACUACUACUACUACUACUACUACUACUACUACUACUACUACUACUACUACUACUACUACUACUACUACUACUACUACUACUACUACUACUACUACUACUACUACUACUACUACUACUACUACUACUACUACUACUACUACUACUACUACUACUACUACUACUACUACUACUACUACUACUACUACUACUACUACUACUACUACUACUACUACUACUACUACUACUACUACUACUACUACUACUACUACUACUACUACUACUACUACUACUACUACUACUACUACUACUACUACUGCUAUUAUUACUAUGUUAGUUGUAUCAAAACCGGUGGUAGCUUAUACACAAAACCCCAUUGGUUCAACAAAGGUCAGAGAAAAUGGGGUUGGAAUAGGAAGUAGUGUGCUACAGUUGCAAGUUGGCCGCAGCGAAUUAGGUGCUACCUUUACUUGCAAAAUCAGCAGUUUGGCACUUGCUGAGCCUCUAACUGUUGACAUCAAACUUGACGUUCACGGUAAGUACAGUGAUGGUACAUCUGAAACAAGCAGUUAUCUUGCAUUCACAGCAUCAGAAUACGAUAAUGGUCAGACAUUUAGUUGUUUUGCUGAAAAUUCAGUCACAAGAAUUGAAGGAAUCAAACCAAUGAAAGAAGCUACAACAAUUGAAGUUUUGUAUGCUCCAAUUAUUACUAUGCGGCCAGCCAACAUUACCGUCAACGAGACUGAAGACUUUGUCAUAAUUUGCAACUACGAAGCCAACCCUGCGGGCUUAACAUCCGUCAAGUGGUUACAAAAUGAUCAAGAGCUGGAAUUAAAUGAAGAUCACUAUGAGGGUGGUGUAACAGAACAGACAUCUCUUACGGUUAAAAAUGCAAGUGCUUCAGACAUGGGCACAUACAAAUGUGUACUUAGUAAUAGCGUUGGAGAGUCAACACCUGAAAAUACUGUUGAUGUUUCUAUUCUUUAUAAACCUAUUGUUAAAGUAUUAGUAGAACCAGAGGUACCGAUAAAUGAGGCAGAUCGUUUAAAUGUAUCUCUUACAUGUUAUGUAAUAAACGGUAAUCCAAUAAAUUUGAAUGCGGUAAGAUGGUAUUUAGACGGAGAUUUAUUAAAAGAAUUACCCGACUGUAAUAUAAAAAAUAAUUCAACAAUAAUAUUAAAUAUGGACGAUACUUUAACAUUUUGCGACAUUGAUCCAAGCAAAUUACUAUUGGAGGCAGUCGGCCGUUCAUUUCAUGGAAAUUAUUCAUGUGAGGGUCGAAACGACGCUGGAUGGGGUUUAAUUUCACCAAGUACUCCAGUAAUUGUAUACUAUAAACCUGGUCCAGCUAUGAUAAGCUAUAAACCAAAACGAGUUAUAAAAGGUAGUUCAUUGAAUAUAACUUGUACUGUAACUGAUCCUGGUCGACCAGCGGUGACUGGUUACAAGUGGAUACGUGGGAUGCAUCGUCUUGCUGAUCAAGAAAAAUCAAUUCUUAGCAUUGAUUCAGUUAAUCUCAGGACCAAAGCCAAUUUUACGUGCAUCGCAUAUAAUGAAGCUGGAGACGGUGAUCCAGCUACAACUUUUAUAGACGUUGCCGCACCACCUGCAUUUAUAAAUCCACUUGCACCGUAUCAUGGUUACGUAUAUAACGCAGUGAAUGUUAGUAUCGGAUGUCGAGUUGAGUGCUCACCCAUCUGCAACGUGUCGUGGAUCAAGAACAACGAGCCAAUUAAUUUCACAGUAACAGAUAGGUAUUAUGUGACCAAUGUAUACCAUCCAGCUGACCAAAGUACCAGCGAUUUUGAGAGUAUUCAGUCUAAUCUCACCUGGAAUUUGGAUAAAUGGCCAAAUAAACAACUUGAUCGAUUUAAAGACAAUGAUAAUUACACAUGUAUUAGUAGUGAUAAUGAUGUUGGUCAAGGAGUACAUAGUACAACUCAUUUUCAAGUUGAAUUUCCACCAGAAAAUAUGACAAUAUCAAAAAAAAUAAUAGACGUUAUUGUUGACUUUAUACCAGAUAGUGUUAAAUGUGGAGCUGUUGCUCACCCUGAACCAACUUUUCGAUGGUACCGUGAAGGAUCUACUGAAACAAUAUCCCAAAGUCCAGUUCUUGUUUUUGAAACAAAAGUACCUAAACGUAGUAAUGGAACAUAUUUUUGUGAAGCUACUAAUCGACAUGGUACUCUUAAUAUUUCAACAUAUCUCAAUGUCCUUUAUAAACCAGAGUGCCAAAUAAAUAAAGAGCGUAUUAAUGGUGAAGAUUAUCUGGUGUGUACAGCAGUCGGUAACCCAAAGGAGUCAAACUUUAGUUGGUCAUUGAAGAGUGACAAUGAUUCUCUUGGCCAACUUGCUGAGAUUCGCCAAGGCCAAAGUUAUCUUCUAUUGGACACUGCGGUUACAAACUUUCGUACUUAUAUCUGUAUUGCUAAUAAUUCUAUUGGAUCAUCACUUCCGUGUGAACGUGGAGUACCCGGAAAUCUUCCAUGGUGGUUUCAAUUGGAGGGUGAUCUUUUAAUAAUCGUUAUUAUAAUAAUCGUCACUGUUGUUAUUGCCAUUGUCGUUUGCUGCGUCAUUGUUUAUUUGAUAUGUCGUCGUAAACAAAUGCACGCAAAAUUCGAUCGAUAUCGUACGCGAGGAGACGAAAUAAUAGUCACUAGACGACCGAUUAAACCAUUUAGACGCGGAAAAACUACGACUAUUACCCAAAUGGGUAUUCCUAUACAUAAUAUUGUUCAUGAUGAAGGCAUGAUUGCACGAGCUAAUAGGUUAAAAGCAAUAUUUAGUUCGCAAUUAAAGGAGCCUGAUUCAUUUCCCGGUAUAUCCAGAGAAAAAACAGCUGUGACUUAUAAAAGAAUAGUACCUCGGCAACGGAUGUCGUACAAUACCCCAACACUUGCUGCAUCAAAUUGCGACACCUCCGCCGAUGGCACUGACUGCGGUGGUGGUGAUGUUAACAUAAACGCAAAUUCCAAUGUAUCUCGUAAGCGCAAAAAGCCGGGAGCAGAUCCUGGCCAUCAAGGGAAUAAAAAUAGUCAUAUUGAUAGUGUUUCCGAAGGGUUGCAACCAGAAUCGGAUGCCAAAACUUUCUAUGAAAAUCUUCCAUUUCACGGAAUCCAAACUCCACCAAACAAGUGUGUGGCUUCUCCUAAGUUUGCUCGAGUUUCGGCUUUGCAUGGCACAACGCUAACAUCAUUGUCACCAACGUGUAGCAAUUCACGUCCAUUGAGUCGAGCGACUAGUCUCUGUGCUGGUAGUGCUGGUAAUGUUGAUAGUGCUGGCAGUUCCGGUUACGAAUCAACACCCAGUCACUUGGGUCCUCACUACAGUUACCAUAAUAUGCCGAGAAACAACUCUCCAGAGCUCAAAUACAACACAUUCAAACCAAGACGACGUAAACAACUUAACCAUUCACACCAAUUUUACUCACUGAGAUUAUGUCGCAAACAUAACAUUAAUGAUGAUAAUAAUAAUAAUAAUAAUAAUAAUAAUCAACAAAAACAAGUUGAAAAAUUAGAACAACAACGUUGUAAUUUUCAACUGUACGCUAUACCGAUUAUAAAAUCAUGUCCGCAUAAAAGCGAAAAUAUUAAGAAUAGUAUUAGCAGCAAAAGUUUUAACAGCAUCAGCACUGUUGAAUCAACAACUACGAUACCGUCAUCAAAUAUUAUAACAACACCUAAAAAAGAUAGUAUACUAUUGAAAAAAAAAAAAUCUUCUCUCUCUUCUUGUUUAUACUCACAUAUAAAAUCUAAUGAGCUAUUAUCAUCAUCAUCAUCAUCAUCAUUAUUAUUAUCUACGCAUUAUAAAUCAGUAAUAAAUAACAGUCAAGUACCACCAGUACCUACACCAAGACGAAGAAAAACUGAUAUAUCACAGCAUAUUUAUCAAAAUAUUCCUCGUCCAAUAUUCCCAACGGAUUCCGCCAAGCAGCAAAUGAACGAGUAUGAUUAUAAAGAUCAUUAUCAAAAGUAUCAACAGCAGAAACAACAAGAAAUGCAACAAUAUAAAUAUAAUCCAAGCAGCAGUAGUUGCAGUAAUAGCAGUUAUAAUAAUAAUCAUCAUCAUCAUCAACUAACAUUGCCAUUAACAAGGAGUUUAUAUAAUUCUUCGGCAGUUAAUCCUUUGCUAGUUUCAUUAAUUCAAACUAAUCUUACUAAUAAUUUAAAUAGUAGUAAUAUAAUAACUAAUAAAAAAACACCAUCAACACUGGGACUAUCAUCAUCAUCAUCAGGAUUAACCAUGUCAGCAGGAGUAAAACCAAUUGGUCAAGAAAAUGAUAAAAAUAAUUAUGGUAAUCGUUAUAAAAAUAAUGAUAAUCCAAUAAGUGAAAAUGAUUAUAUUAAUAGAAAUAGUAAUAGUAACAGUAAUAGUUAUAGCAAUAGUAAUACAAUAAGUGACAAUAAUACUAUGUCAUUAUCGCUAUCGUUAUUCCAUGGUAAAAAAAUUGAUUUUGAUAGUUGUGAUGGUAAUUUUGAUAAUAAUUAUCAAAUACAAAAUCAACGACAAUCAUCAACAGGACAACGACGUAGUGAACGAAAAAAACAUCGUAAACACGAGCGUGGUAAUGAUCGUAGAAUAAAACACAGACGUUCAUCAGAUGGCCGUAAUAAUUUUAGUAAUAGAUCAUCAACUAAUGAUAUAACAAUAUCAAGUUUAUCAGCGUCUUGUGAAACUAGUUUUGCUCGAAUUCAGGAACUCGGUAUACCUGAAAAUUUUAAAAUAUCAUAUUUAAACUCUUAUCAUCAUCAUCAUCAUCAUCAUCAUCAACAACAAGAUAAUAAUACCCUUGAUAUAGACUUGCAACAAAAUAAAAAUAAAAAAUUUAAACAAAAUUCAUCAAAUUACUAUUCCGAUCAAAUUAUAAAAGAUAAUAAUAAACAAAUAAAUUUUGAGAGCUCUAAAGAGCAAAUAAAUACAUCAACAACAAUAGCGACGAUGACGACAGCGACCACGACGACGACGACGACGUUAACGACAACGCCAACGAUAACAACAACAACAACAACAACAACAACAACAACAACAACAACAACAACAACAACAACACCUACAACAUCAACAACAACAGUAUUAGAUUCCGAAGCAGUAAAUUCAACAAUCACUGUCAAUCAAUAUACUCAACUUGUUAAUAACUUUCGUGAUAUUGGUCAAGAAAUCGAUGUUUAA